UGACCUCUUUCUUUGUCUACUCCGUCCGGUGCUUCUUUUGCAGCUGCAUUUGCUUUUCAUAUGAAGAAUUUUUUAUCUCGUUACGUAUUGGAUGGGACGGUUACUAUAAAAUGUCCAGAGAAACGCUAGACUCUUGUAACUACUGACCAUAGCUGAUCCGCUUCAAGUCUUCGACCGCCUUCCACGACUCCGGCCAGCGUAGCAACGCUAUAAAAGGUUCCUCCUCCUCCCUCCAUUUUUUCUCUUCGUCUUCUCUCUUGAUCUCUGUCCCAGAUCUGAGAUCAAGAAAGGGGAGAAGAGAGGGGGAGCUCCGCUUUCUUCUGCCAUGGAAGCCGCCCCUCAGCUCGUCUACUGUGGCAUCAAGCCCUUCCGCCGCUCGCUCGCCCCUUCGCCCGAUGGAUUCGAAAUAGGACGGAGGAGGAAUUGCCACCGCCCUAUCGCCUCUAGGUCGCCGCGGUCCGGGGUAUUCGCGGUGGCCACGGAGCCAAAGUCCGGUAAUGCUGGGCCUGAUUUCAGAUCCUCCUCGUCCAAGACUUCCAACGGAGCCGCGAACAGCUCUCAAGGUUCCUCGCGCAAGGCGCCAAAUGGGGCCGCGAACAAGUCUCAAGCUUCCUCGCUGAAGGCACCCAAUGAGACCACGAACGGACUUGGGAAUGUGUCGGAGGAGAUCAAGAGGGUGAGGAAGCAGAUGGAGGAGGACGAGCAGCUGGCGACACUGAUGAGAGGACUCCGCGGUCAGAAUCUCUCUGAUUCGCAGUUUGCUGAUGAGAAUAUCCGGCUCCGCCUUGUUGAGGUACCAGAAAUGACCAGCAGUGAGACUUUGCCUUUGGUGUAUGAUCCUGAUAUCAUAGCGUCUUAUUGGGGAAAACGUCCUAGAGCUGUUGCGACACGUGUUGUACAGUUGCUAUCUGUUGCUGGUGGCUUUCUAUCUCAUUUAGCAUGGGAUUUGGUUACCAAGAAGCUCAAAGAGAACGAAGUUGCAAGAGCCAUUGAAUUGAGGGAAAUUGUAACAUCUUUGGGUCCAGCUUACAUUAAACUUGGGCAAGCACUAAGUAUUCGACCAGACAUAUUAUCUCCUGCUGCAAUGACCGAAUUGCAGAAGCUCUGUGAUAAGGUUCCUUCAUUUCAAGAUGAUGUAGCAAUGUCCCUUAUCAAAGAAGAGCUUGGUCAGCCUUGGUACAAUAUCUAUUCUGAACUGACUUCCUCUCCAAUUGCUGCUGCAUCCUUAGGACAAGUAUACAAAGGUCGAUUAAAAGAAACUGGCGAGUUGGUGGCUGUCAAAGUACAGCGGCCUUUUGUUCUUGAGACCGUAACAGUAGAUCUAUACAUUAUUCGGAAGCUAGGAUUGUUUUUGAGAAGAUUUCCACAGGUUUCCAUUGACAUUGUUGGACUGGUGGAUGAAUGGGCUUCUCGCUUUUUUGAGGAACUUGAUUAUAUUAAUGAAGGUGAAAAUGGAACUCUUUUUGCGGAAAUGAUGAGAGAAGACCUUCCUCAGGUUGUAAUACCAAAGACUUACCGUAAGUACACAUCAAGAAAGGUUCUUACCACACAAUGGGUAGAAGGAGAAAAACUAUCACAGAGUACGGAGGACGAUGUUGGGGAACUGGUUAAUGUUGGAGUCAUAUGCUACCUAAAACAGUUGCUUGAUACUGGUUUCUUCCAUGCUGAUCCUCAUCCUGGAAAUAUGAUUCGUACCCCAGAUGGAAAGUUGGCUAUACUUGACUUUGGCCUUGUGACAAGAUUGACUGAUGAUAAAAAGUAUGGUAUGAUUGAAGCAAUAGCUCACCUUAUUCAUCGUGACUAUGGUGCUAUUGUCAAGGACUUCGUCAAACUCGAUUUCAUUCCGGAUGGGGUUAAUUUGGAUCCAAUAUUGCCUGUCCUAGCUAAAGUUUUUGAUCAAGCACUUGAAGGAGGGGGUGCAAAAAAUAUUAAUUUUCAGGAGCUAGCUUCUGAUUUGGCUCAAAUAACAUUUGAUUAUCCAUUCAGAAUACCCCCAUAUUUUGCUUUAAUCAUCAGAGCUAUUGGAGUAUUAGAAGGCAUAGCAUUAGUGGGAAAUCCUGAUUUUGCCAUUGUAGAUGAAGCUUAUCCGUAUAUUGCACAGAGACUUUUAACUGAUGAAUCCCCUCGAUUAAGGAAGGCGUUGCGUUAUACUAUAUAUGGAAAAUCUGGAGUUUUUGAUGCAGAGAGAUUCAUCGAUGUUAUGCAAGCCUUUGAGAAUUUCAUUAGUGCAGCAAAAAGUGGGGGUGGUGAGAACAUGAACGGAAAUAUGGCUGAUCUUGGAGUUUUGCAAAUUCAACCAGGCUAUUUAAUUCCGGUAUUUCCGGCAAUAGUACCUCAGGCAGAGCAGCCAAUCAGAACAAGGGCAGCCCUCGCAUUUCUUCUGUCUGAAAAAGGGAGCUUCUUUCGAGAAUUUAUUCUGGAUGAGAUUGUCAAAGCAAUUGAUGCACUUUCAAGAGAGCAGUUGGUACAAAUAACUGGAGCUUUGGGAAUUGCAAACUCAGCCCCAAUUUUCAGCAUGGUUCCUCUCAGACCUGCAGCGUUGCUGCCUACAAUCACAGAGGAAGAUAGGGCCAUAUUGAAUAAUGUCCAGAAAGUAGUUAAGUUUCUAACUGCUGGUUCAUCGAAAUCAACUUUAGAUCAGGAUGUAGAUAUUGCUUAUAUCAUCCAAGAGCUUCUUCCUGUGCUACCAGGCAUCUCUGCAAAAGUGCUGCCAGAGGUGUGGAGCCGGUUAUCUUCACGGAUAUUAGCACGAUUGAUUAGAGAAACAUUUUUGUAGCUUGCAAAUCCAUAUACUUAGACAAAUCAGAAAAAUUAGCUUUCUUUUGUAUAUGAAAUAUGCUCUUCCCUCGGAAGGGACGAAUACCAUGUAUAGUGUUACCUAUGCAAUUAGUAAGCAGAAUUGCAGCCCA